UCCUCCUGCCUCAGCCUCCCGAGUGCUGGGAUUACAAGGAUUACAGGCAUGCUCCACCACGCCCGGCCUACCAGUUCAGUUAUGCCCAGGAAGUUAUGCUCAGCCUGUGCCCAGUGCAGCCUCCCUCCUGAGCUCGAGCUCUGGUUGGCAUUAAAGAGAGUCUUGGGUCAGGGUGUGGUGGGGCACACCUGUAGUAUAGCACUCUGCGAGGCUAAGGCAGGAGGAUCGCACAUUUGAGCCAAGCCAGGGUACCUUAGCAGCUGAGGGACAUCUUGUCUCAAAAUUAAAAAAAGUUCGGGAUGUAGCUCAAUGGGAAGGCCCUGGGUUCAAAUCCAGUAACAGGAAUGACAAUUUAGCGAUUUAAUGAGACCCUAUCUCAAAAAAUGUAUUUUUAAAUUUUUUAAAAAUUGGGAAUGCAGCUCAGUGCAAAGCCCCUAGGUUCACUUCCCAGUAAUGGAAAAAAUUGGGUAAAAUUCAGUUCCUCAGACCCAAUAGCCCCAUUUCAAGCGCUCAACAGCUGCCCACGUUCAGCGUCAUUCCCAUGCGCCGUGGUGGUGGUAAAUAAACCUCAGAGAGUCUUGAUUCUUCCCAGACUGGAGGAGGGACAAGAGCCUUGAGCUGAUUGGCUGGUACUAGGGGCGUGGUGUCAGUGAUUGGUUUGAUUGGGUAUUUUGUCUUAACCAAAACAAAUCAUCAUCGAGGGCGUCAGGGACGUGGCCAGGCUCGCUGCGAGGCCCCGCCCUGAGUUCUGGAGCCCCCAGACCCCUGGUGUUAGAUCCGCGGGAGGCGGUGUCCCCACAGGGGGAUGGCUCAGGAGGAGGGUGGAAGUCUGCCCGAGGUGCUGGAGCGCGUCGGGGCUUUGCACGGCAUCACAGACCUAGGCCAAAAACUCCAGUUCUAUGACCGCUGGGCCCCCGACUAUGACCAGGACGUGGCUGCCCUGCAGUACCGCGCACCCAGCCUCGCCGUGGACUGUCUCACCCAAGCCCUUCCACGCCUGCCCCCCACCGCCCUGAUCCUGGACGUGGCGUGUGGUACCGGCCUGGUGGCUGUCGAGCUGCAGGCUCGGGGCUUCCUGCAGCUGCACGGAGUGGACGGAAGCCCAGAGAUGCUGGAACAGGCCCGGGCCCGGGGCCUCUACCAGCGGCUCAGCCUCUGCACCCUGGGCCGGGAGCCUCUCCCUAGCCCUGAAGGGACCUUCGACGCUGUGCUGAUGGUGGGGGCCCUCAGUGACGGCCAGGUGCCGUGCUCGGCCGUUCCAGAGCUCCUUCGAGUCAGCAAGCCAGGUGGGCUGGUAUGUCUGACCACCAGGACCAACCCGUCCAACCUUCCCUACAAGGAGACUCUGGAGACCACCUUGGACCAGCUGGAGCGGGGUGGGAUGUGGGAGCGCCUGGUGGCCCAACCGUGGACCGCUGGGAACUGGCUACCUCCACCCUCGAGGCGGUGCCCAGCACCUGUGCCGAGGAUGGCUUCAUCUCCGGCAUCAUCUACCUAUACCGGAAGAGGGGGUGAGGGCUGGUCCCCAGCCCCCCAGCCGGCUGUGACCUCCCACGCCCCAACACUGCCCGUCUGGAAUGUGCGGCCUAUUAAAGGAAACACCAGCAGGGAUGAAAGGACUCAUGAGUCUGUAGUUCUGUGGCUCCGGAAAAGAGGGUCAUGGGUUCUUGCGUUACCAAACCAGGCUCAUUUCUCCACCCAGUGCACCUGAACUGAAGCCGUGAGU